AUGCCUCUCAAGUACGAGCUUCCUCUCAAGCCAUUCAUACAUGGCAAAUUCGUCGAUUCCAAAGGCAGCGACCGGUUGACUUUGCGCUCGGCCGUGGACGACUCGGUGUUGACUGAAGAACUACAGUCUGCCACUCCUGACGAUGUCGACGUUGCCGUCGCAUCGGCCGAGGAAGGAUUCAAAGCCUGGCUGGCCAUUCCACCCGAAGGGCGGCGAGCCAUUCUCUGGAAAUUUGCCGAUCUCAUAGAGGAGAAUGCGGAGAGGCUUGCCUACCUCGAGGCAAUCCUGGUGGGCAAGCCGUUGGGGGUGGGAAUCGAGUACGAUGCGCGAGGCUGUGCGGAAUCUUUCAGAUUUUUUGCCGGCUUCAUCGACAAGUUUGAGGGAGACUUCCAGUCUAUCCAUGAUGGGUUCAUACGGGCCGUUCAUCUGGAGCCCUUGGGCGUCUGCGCCGCCAUCUGCCCAUUCAACAGUCCUUUGAUCACUUUCGGCAUGAAGGCGGCCCCGGCAUUGGCGGUGGGGAAUUCACUCGUCACCAAGGCCAGCGAAUUCAAUCCGUUCAGUACCCUCGCUCUGGCCGAACUCGCCAUCGCCGCCGGCAUCCCCCCCGGCACGCUGAAUGUCGUGGUGGGCGAAGCGGCGGCAGGAGCUGCUCUGAGCUCGCACAUGAAAGUGCGAAAGAUCAGCUUCACCGGCAGUGCGGCGGUGGGGCGAAAGGUGCAGAUCGCGGCGGCCCAAUCCAACCUGAAGCGAGUCACGUUGGAGCUGGGGGGAAAGUCGCCAGUCUUGGUGUUUGACGACGCGGAUUUGGCCACGGCGGUGACGAACAGCAUGAGUUUCGUCAUGUACAACGGCCAGGGCUGCAUUUUGGGCACGAGGAUCUAUGUGCAGGAGGGCAUCGCCGAGCAAUUCGUGCAGGUGUUCAAGCAGAGCGUCGAAGGCUUCGCCUCCACCCUGGGCGCGGACCCUUUGGAGUUGACCACAAUGUCGGCGCCAAUCUUCCAUCGCCGGCAACAAGAGACAGUGUUGGGCUUCUUGGAAAAGGGCAAGCAAGAGGCCGAGGUCCUGACCGGGGGGAACGCCCACCCCGGCAAAGGUCUCUUCAUUCAGCCGACCAUCUUCACCCGGCCCAAGGCCGACGCGGACAUUGUGAAGAAGGAGAUCUUCGGGCCAGUCGUCGUCAUCGACACGUUCAAGACGGAAGAAGAGGUGUUGCAGAAGGCCAACGACACCGAGUAUGGCCUGGGGGCGUACGUGUACACCAGCAACAUCGACCGAGCAUUCCGCGCGGCGCAUGCUCUGGAAGCUGGAGCCGUCGCCGUCAAUACGGCCAGGGGGGUGCACAACACCAUUCCAUUUGGUGGUUGGAAGGCGAGCGGAAUUGGCAGCGAGAACGGCAAGUACGUCUUGAGAGAAUACUCUCAUCCAAAGUCCAUCACAAUCAAGUGA